GGGUCUUGUGUAUUUAUGAGCAUACUGGACCCUUUUGGUUCGUACGCACAUUCUCCAUUCGCCACUGUCGCGCAGUCUUUAAGUAUACUGCAGCAAGAUGUCGAAAGAUCAUGAUCAAGGCGCACGGGAACCGGAGCAGCUCCGCAAGCUCUUCAUCGGAGGACUGAGUUUUGAGACCACAGACGAGAGCUUGCGAGCCCAUUUUGAACAAUGGGGUACACUCACCGACUGCGUGGUGAUGAGGGAUACUGGCAGCAAAAGGUCCAGGGGAUUCGGCUUUGUGACCUACUCCACUGUGGAAGAAGUGGAUGCUGGUAUGGAUGCACGGCCUCAUAAGGUUGAUGGCAGGAUGGUAGAGCCCAAGAGAGCGGUUUCCAGAGAGGACUCCAAUAAACCCGGUGCCCACGUAACGGUCAAGAAGAUUUUCGUUGGCGGCAUCAAAGAAGACACAGAGGAAGCACAGCUGCGAGACUACUUCAGUCAGUUUGGAAAGAUUGACUUGGUUGAAAUUAUGACCGACCGCAACACGGGCAAGAGGCGAGGCUUUGCAUUCGUUACGUUUGAUGACCACGAUUCCGUGGACAGGAUUGUCAUUCAGAAAUACCACACAGUCAACUGCCACAAUUGUGAGGUGAGGAAGGCCCUCUCGAAGCAAGAGAUGCAGAAUACGGGCAUGAGUCGCCCUGGUAACUUCAACAGAGGCGGUGGCUAUGGAGGUAAUGAUUUUGGCCGCGAUGGAUACUUCGGUGACCGUGGUGGAAGAGGUGGAGGAUACGGUGGUGACAAUUACAACAAUGGCUACGGCGGGGGAGAUGGUGAUAACCUAGGCGCUGCUGAUGUACUCAAUACAUCUGUUGCAGGUUACGGAGGAGGUGGUGGAUACGGAGGUGGUGGCGGUGGGAACCGUGGCUAUGGAGGGGGACAAGGCUAUGGCAACCAGGGUGGAGGUGGCGGAGGCGGUUAUGGUGGAAACGGCUACGAUGGCUACAACAACGGUAAUGGAAAUGGAAACUACGGCGGUGGUGGUGGAGAUUCCUCUGUAGGUAACUACGGGAGUGGAGGAGGCGGCGGCGGUGGCAGCAGUGGAGGCAACGGCUACAAUGAUUUUGGCAACUACAACAACCAGUCGUCUAACUACGGCCCCAUGAAAGGAACUAACUUUGGAGGUGGAGGCGGUGGUGGCAGUGGAGGAGGAGGAGGAGGUGGAGGACGGAACAGUGGGCCUUAUGGUGGUGGCUAUGGGGGUAGCACUGGCGGAGGCGGUGGCGGCGGAUAUGGUGGUGGUGGUGGUGGCGGAUCUGGCAGACGGUUUUAACAUUGACAAGGACUGAGUACUUAGGAGAGGAGAGCAGAGCAAGCGACAGGGAAGGGCAGGUUGAGAUGUACUGCUCAGCCAAUGAGAUGUACUGCUCAGUGAUGUACAUUAGGAGAAUCAUGGAGCUCAUUUUUAAUCAAAAAAAUAUGUGUCCAGGAUUAUUUUUUAUGUUUCUGGAAAGGCAUUCCAAUGGGGUUUAUGUAGAUUUCUUUUUAAGUAUGGUUUUUAUUUUUGUGUAUCUGCAUUUAAUCAAGUUGAAAUAAAACACCUUUCAGUUUUUUUUAAACCGUUGUCUCGUUAGCCUCUUUGAGGGUUUGGGAGAGGGAGGGAACACUUGUCUCAGUUGGUGAGAUGGCUCUUUGGGAAUAAACCAUCAGUGUAAGAUAUGUCCUGGGUGUAUGUGGAAUUUAUGAAAAAUUCAAUAGUGGCAAAUGAUCUUGCUAUAAACCUGCCACACACUUAAGUUGACCGAAGUGGUGCACGAGUACAAUCAAAAAGCCUCACGGGCAUACUGAGGACAGAUGUUGGAGGGAAGAAAACAUCCGGAGGAGGCUAGCGUACAUGCCAGUCUUGAGGCUAGCCAUGGAAGCCAGCUGAGGGAGGGAAGUAGCAAAACCGACCCCAGGAGCAAAGAAGCAGGGGAGUGAGAACAGUGCUGAGGCUAGCAUGCAGCAGCUACCAAAGAGCUUUAAGGCUGUGUAGGUAAGACAAGACUUCUCCACUCCCGUUAGUUUGUUUACAUACUGUGUUCUGUAGUUGGUAGCAAGUUACGUGGCAGAGUAUUAAACUUUGAAAACAUUUAUUUCCUUAUAGCGUCUAAGAACUGGCUGUUAUCCUUUGCAAAUGUUAUGCAUGCUAAAUCCUAAUAAAUUACAAUUUUAUAGAUAAAAGCCUUCCUCACGCUUGGUAUCUCAUUUUACAGGGGAAUUGGCAUUGCGCUGCUGCAACAUUGAAUGAAUGACGGUGGAUCAGGCACUUUAUUAAGGUUUGUUUAAAGGGCGGUGUAGUAACAAUACGAGCACAUGACUGACUGUGUUCUAAACUUGUUCCCUGUAUGCCACCAUAGGUUUCAUGGACAGAUGGCGUUUGAGGCUGAUAUGCUUCAACAAAUUGCAUGGCUGCUGUGCGGUCUUUUUAACAUUUCUAAUAAAAUAUUUGUACAAAACGAUGUAUUUGUAUUUUUAACAAAGUAUUUCUCAAGAACAAAUGUUUAUUGAUGUUACAAAAUGCAUGCCUUAAGCUUGCCAACUACGGAAAAUUUAAAUGAAAUGAGCUGAGUUAAUGAUAUACAUUAUGAAAUUACUCAGCGUUGCUGCCUUCCUUGCAUAUUUUGCGGCACCAGGUAGACUUUAUCAUCAGGUGUCUGCUGUAGGCAGUACUCGUCUAUCGAAUAUGGCUGACCGUGUUCAUCCUUUAAAUAGGUAAACACUUUACUGUAAAGGUCUGUGAGAUGGCACUUUACAAUAGCAAGGCUGUUUUGAAACUUUAUUCUCUGCUGAGCCAGCUGCUCUUGGUGUGCUUGUAGCUGGUCCAGUUCUCCCUCAAGGUGAACUAUAUUCUCUAGCUUCCUCUUCCUGCAGUUCUGGGCAGCAACCUUGUUCUUCCCUCGCCGUCUUAUAUCCCUGACCAGAGCCAGCUGAGACUCAGACAGUGUGUGCUGUGUCAAGAGCUCAUUGAAGUCGUCGACUGGCACGUUGAUGAUCUUUUCCGCAGUAAAGGGGAUUUUCAGGGCUAGUGCGCGUCUCUCAUCUCUGCUCAGUGGUGCUGGGUGGGUGUGGUUAUCUUGUUGCUUCACAUGCAUGCUCUGAUGAGAGCACCCUCUGCUGGACAACUCGGCGCCAUCUAUCUGGUCGUUCAAAGUAUUUCCU